CACAUGAUAAUCCAACAUAGAUCGCGCAGUAAACACGCCUUCCCCCUCCUAUAAAUUCCCUGCAACGCGCAGCUCGCUUGUUCGCCUGUUCGCGCUUGCGAGAGAGAGAGAGAGAGAGGGAGACAUGGAAGCGAAUACCUCUCCCUUCAAGAUAAUUUUGGGAUCAUCAUCAGUAGCACGUCGAACAAUAUUGGCAGAGAUGGGACACGAAUUCACGAUUGUGACUGCAGACAUUGAUGAGAAAUGCAUCCGAAAGGAGAAGCCAGAAGACUUGGUUAUGGCUCUUGCUGAGGCAAAGGCUGAUGCCAUCAUGUCAAAACUACAAACUAUCAAUAAUCAAGGGAGGGAUGACAAACAAACAAUUUUGAUUGCAGCCGACACAGCAGAAGCCAUCAUACAAAGGCUCCCGAUUGGUGACUACGUAAAGGAUGCUGAGCCCACAUUGUUAAUUACUUGUGACCAAGUGGUGGUCUAUGAAGAUGUGGUCAGGGAAAAACCAUCCAAUAAAGAAGAAGCACAACAAUUUUUGAAAGACUAUUCUGGGGGGCACGCAGCAACAGUGGGAUCUGUGCUUGUUACAAACCUUAAGACAGGAUUCAGAAAAGGAGAAUGGGACCGAGUGGAGAUCUAUUUCCACGAAAUACCAGAUGAAAUCAUUGAGAAACUGAUUGAGGAAGGAUCUGUGCUUAAUGUUGCUGGGGGACUGAUCAUAGAGCAUCCUUUGAUACUGCCCUUUGUCAAACAAGUGGUUGGAACAACCGAUAGUGUGAUGGGACUCCCCAAAGAUCUCACCGAAAAACUUAUAAGGGAGGCCCUCUAGCUGCGGCAGACAUGUUAAUCUUCCAGCUUUACUUGGUAUUUACCCAAUUGACACAGCAUAUUUUCCUCUCCUGUUAUUUGGCCACUAUAUCUGCAUCUGUUGUGCCCUACUUUUGUUUCUUUAAAUGAGUUAUUAUCUGAAUGUUGGGCAGGACUUAUGUUAGUUUUCUUUGUCAGUUUUCUUAAUUCAUAGAAUAAAACAGACAUGAAUAUUAAGGCCAUUUAUCAGUGAAUCCAACUUGUGACUGUAGCCUGUAGAGGGUAAUAAUUAGUAAACAAUAUUUUGUUGACAUGUCAAUAGUUGAGGAUUUGGACAAUGUGACAGCCGGAGUGGCAGUCAUGGUGAUUUACUGUACCUGUCAAAGGCACUUAUUAGGGAACAUAAUAGAAAUGGUGGGUUGCACCCAAAAAGUAAAUAGUAAAAAAAGCAAAAAGCAAAAAGCAAUGGCAGUACAUCUUGGUCGUCUCAUCCAAAGUAUUCAUAGCCGAAAUCAUGUCAUAGAGGACAGAAAAAUAAGAAGCGCACACGCACACACAUACAUGAGCAAAUAAUUGGAGGCUUAAAAGGCCAUCUCUCAGUUAAUCUAUAUGCUUUUUGUAUUUGUUCUAACUGAGAGAGAAUUGGAGAGCUAUUAUCAAGUAAAUAUUCCCGUUUCUAUUAUUUUUGCUUUGCCAAAGAAUCAAAUGCUCAACAAGGUAGAGGAUGAAAUGUAAAACCAAAACCAUUGAAUAUUUCUAGGAGGCAUGAAAUUGAGAGAGAGUCCCGGGGAAGCAGAUUCAUCUUCUCUCCACGUUUAAUUGUCUCCAUCCACCUUUUUUUUUGGGUCAAGGGAGAUGGCAUAUAGAUUCCUAACUUCGCUACUGAGCGAGCCAGGCUUUUCCAAUGGUCACCAGCUGUUACCAGUACAGCUGUCUCAUUGAUGCCCAUUACGUUAGUUAUCUGCUUUGGGAGCAUCUUUUGCAGGUAUUGUCCUUUUGAAAAGUGUACGUUUGAUACGUGCUUUGAUUUGAAACGAGUUGUUACGUGAUAAAAAGUAAAAAAAAAAGGUGUUUUUAGUGAGGUGUAUAUAUAUGAAGUUUGUGGUGUUAAUACGAUUAAAUUGGAGUAAUACCUCAUACUUAACUCUUAUUUCAACUCAGUAAAAAGAAAAAAUUCUUAUUUCAACUCUUUUAUAACUGGGCUGAUGUGACAGGCAGUGCUCAAAAAUUAUUGGAUCAACAUUUUA